AUGAGCUUUACAUUGGGUUUACUGACGGAGUUCGUUCAACCGGUGGGUUGCUGUAAUGGACUUGUCUGCUUUCUCAAGCAAGGGCAUUUUGUCUUGUGGAAUCCAGCCACUAAAAUCUCCAACGAAUUACCGCAAAUAGUGACAGAGAAUGGAGAUAGACCCUCGUUCUUGAUCAAAUAUGGGUUCGGUUGGGAUGAAUCGAGUGGCGCAUACAAGGUGUUUGUGGAUUUUUCUAUCGGUCUUCACGAGCGUAUGUGCAAAGUUUAUAGCUCGAAGACAAAUUCAUGGAAGACGGUGGAGUAUCGGAGUUUUGGUUUUGUACGUGGUGGGGCGCAGGUUGCGAGUGGAAAGCUUUGUUGGCAAAGGAUGAAGAGCAAUGGUGGAAUGAACGUUUCUGACGUUGUUACAUUUGAUUUGAAGAUUGAGGAGUUUGGAGAGAUGGAGCUGCCAUGUGAUUCAAUAGUGAGCUUGGGCGUGCUUGAGGGAUGCCUUUGUGUGUUCUCUUAUAACAAGAGAACACACUUUGAUGUGUGGAUUAUGAAAGAGGAUUCUUGGGUGAAAGUGAUGGAUGUUCCUGUUUAUGAGCCUUGUCGAAUAUUUUCACUCGUGAAACGAGUAUUGAGAGGCCUAAACGCAGAGAUUUCGCUAAUCCAUGGAUCGGCUUUCUUGGUUCAGAAACUUAAUCUUGUAGAAGAGGAUGUGCUUUCGCUGCUCGACGUAAUCAAACGUUCAUUGAAAGCGAAUAUCUACUUUGAAAGUUUAGUAUCUCCGGUCUUUGACAAGGUUUGA